AUGGCGAACCGAAAAGUAUCUAGGGCGUUGCACGACUUCAAGACCGACGUGCGCGCCAAAGCCACGUCCCGAAAAGCGUGGGAGCUUCCUCGGGAAUCGACGAGCUUUGCGCCGCCGGGGACGUGGACGAACAUCGACUACGACGUCACGCCCCUGGAGCGUCGAACCUGGGGACACUGGAGCUUGAUCGGGUACUGGAUGAGUGACAUCCUGUCGGCACAGUCGUGGGAAGGGGCGUCGACCGUCAUCGCCGGCGGCUUGACGUACCGGGAAGCGUUGCUCUGUCUGAUCAUGGGCACCUUCAUCGUCUCCCUGCCCAUGUGCCUGAACGGUUCGAUCGGGGCCAAACUGCACGUGCCGUUCCCGGUUGCGGCGCGAUCGAGCUUUGGCUAUCUCUUCUCCAAGGCGCCGGUGGUGAUUCGCAUGAUCACGGCGCUGUUCUGGCACGCCAUCCAGACGUACGCGGGCUCCACGGCCAUGACCCAGGUGAUCCGGUCCAUCUGGCCCUCGUACCUCCACAUGGCCAACCACCUGCCGGCGAGCGCAGGCAUCACCAGCCAACAGCUCCUCUCGCACUUCAUCUUCUGGACCGUGCAGUUCCCCUUCCUGCUCACGCCGCCGCACAAGCUGCGCUGGUUCUUCGUCUUCAAGGCCGUCUUCGUCAUCGCCGCGGCCGUCGGCACCGUCAUCGGCGUGUGCACGCGGGCCGGCGGCAGCGGCGACAUCUGGGACCAGAAGCCGCUCUACCACGGCAGCGAGCGGUCGUGGCUGAUCCUGUCCUACAUGACCUCGCUGACGGGAGGGUGGGCCACGAUGGCCACCAACAUCCCGGACCUUACGCGGUACCUGAAGAAGCCGCGGGGCAUCUGGCUCCAGGCCGUGCUCGUGCCCGGGAUCUGCACCUUCAUCGGUGUGCUCGGCAUCCUGGCCACGAGCGCGAGCAAGGUCCUCUACGGAAGCUACCUCUGGGACCCGUUGGAGCUGAUCAGCCACUGGCACGGGGCGGGCGGCAGGGCGGCGGCGUUCUUCGUCGGGCUCGCGUGGGUGGUGGCCCAGAUCGGCGUCAACGUCAGUGCCAACGUGGUCUCGUGCUCCAACGACCUGACGUCGCUGUGCCCGCGCUACAUCAACCUCCGCCGGGCCGCCGUCAUCGUCACCAUCGUGGGCGGCUGGGUCAUGGUCCCCUGGAAGAUCGUGACCUCGGCCAACAGUCUGGUCAACUUUAUGGGCGCGCUGUCCAUCUUCCUGGCCCCGAUCGCCGCCAUCCUCGUCGCCGACUUUUGGAUCGUCAAGCGCCAACACGUCGACGUGCCCGCCUUGUACCGGCCGCACGCCCGCUACCGCUACGUCAAGGGCUGCAACUGGCGCGCCGCCGUCGCGCUGAUCAUCUCGCUGGGGCCGAACAUGCCGGGCCUGGUCAACGCCGUCAACCCGCACAUCAACAUCGGCGGCGCCGCCAAGAUCUACGACUUCAACUACCUGUGGGGCUUCUUCAGCGCCUUCGCCAUCUACACCCUCUCCAGCCUGGUCUUCCCGGCCAUGGAGACCCUCAUCCCCGAGACCAUCCACGACGACGCCGUCGUUUUCGAGGGCAAGGACGACGGGGACUCCGCAACCCGUGGGGACGAUGGGAUUGGUCGAGAAACCGUGGGCGCCGACAAGCAGGAAGUCGUCUAG